CUCUUUAGAAUUUUGAAGGUAUAAUACUAGAAGAAGAAAAUUGAGCAAAACCAGUGUACCACUGAAGACUCCUUUUGUUUCUGCUGGGGUUUGGAAACAUCUCCAGAUUAAGCUGAAUCUUCAAAUUAGAUUUCAAAGCUGGCAAAAAAGAAACCCAGAUUUCCAUUCUGUUCUCCCCAAGUGAUCUCCAGCCCUUUCUUACCAAUGGAAUAAUAAGAUUGUUUUUAUUGAGUUUCAUCACAGAAUAUGAUCAUCAUGGUGAUUAUUUUCCUGUUUCUCAUUGGGUCAGCGGUGGUACUACAAACAAAUUCAUGUCUGGAAAAACAAAUUUCACUUCUCCCACCUGUAAACUUCACUGUUAUAGUAACUGGUUUAUCUAAAGUUCUUUUACAAUGGAAACCGAAUCCUAACCAGUAUCCAAAGAUAAAUGGCAUAAAAUAUAAAGUGAGAAUUAAUACUCCAAACGAGGAUGAUUAUGAGACUCAAAAGACCCAAAGCAGAAGUGUGAGUGUACUUCACCAGGGAUUUUCAGCAAGCGUGCAGACAAUUCUUCAUUGUGAUUCCAGUUUUUUCCAAAGUAGUUGGGUUUCAGCUGAACUUCCAGCCCAUCCAGGAGCUCCUGGAACAUCAGUUACGAAUCUGACUUGUGUCACUAACAUCUUGCGGGAUGACGUGUCUCUCCGUUGCACCUGGUUUGUUGGCAAGAAUGCCCCAGAGGACACUCAGUACUUCCUGUUCUACAGGUUUGACGUAUACACCGAAGAAUGCCAAGAAUAUAGAAAAGAUUCAUGGAAUAGAAAUAUAGCUUGCUGGUUUCCAAAGACUGCCAUAGAUAGACAAGGGCGCGGACAGCUGGCAGUACAUGUUAAUGGCUCAAGCAAACAAAUUACCAUCAAACCAUUGGAUCAGCUGUUUGACCUUCAUGCUAUUGAUCAAGUGAAUCCUCCAGUGAAUGUCACUGCAAAGCUGGAAGGCAAUCGUCUGUUUAUACAAUGGGAGAAACCAGUUUCUAACUUUCCUAGACAAUGUUUUGAUUAUGAAGUGAACAUCUACAAUAUAAGAGGGGAUUAUUCAAAGAUACAGAAAAUUCAAGGAAAUUCUUUCAACUUGGUAAUUGAUCCUACUUGUAAGCAUUCUUUAAAAAUAAGAGCUACAGUGCAUUUCAGUUGUAGAAAGAAUGGACUUUGGAGUGAAUGGAGUCAACCUAUUUAUGUGGGAGAAGAUAAACCCACCCAACUGACGGAGUGGCUUUUGUCCGUGCUCAUGGCUACUGCCUGCUUUCUUCUGUUGACUCUCUUCUUCAUAUGUCGGAUCUGCCAGGUAUGGACCAAAUUAUUUCCUCCCAUUCCAGCACCAAACAGGAAAGUGAAGGAUCUCUCCUUAAGCUACAUCUAUGAGAAAACCAGGUCCAGUGAAACAGAAAUCGAAGUCAUAAGUUAUGUGGAAGACCCUGGAUUGGACAAUUUGGAUGAUUCUGUAUUUUGAUAUUCACUGAUAUAGUCCAAGGUAAUGCUCUGGACCAUACCGGGACAGACAAGGAUAGAUGGGCUAUUCUUCUGGGACUCAGCCUUCCUUCCGACAUCUUGGUGCUCAGAUUUCAAGUGGCAUCCCAUUGAACUACAACACCCUCCACCCAACUGUAUCUUCCUGGUUUGGUUUUGUUUGUUUUUUUGAAGUGGGACUUGUUAGUUUCUCUCUGAUCACAGCAAGGGGACUGAAGAUGCCCAGGUGCAAGUCAGGGGCUUUCAGGCUUUUGACGAGCAGGUUUCUAAUGCAAAUGGAACUUUAUGUUGUUCACAUCAGCACCAGUCUAGGCAUUCUCUUUGGAAGGGUUCAACCAAAGGACUCAGGAAGACACUAUAUGCUGGCCUUGCUUUUGUAAAUAUGUCUAUUGGCCUGCUUACUAAGAAUGAGGUCCAUGAGUUCAAAAGUUCUUUAUGUCUCAAGAGUCACGGGAACAGUUUUCUUGUGUGUAUACACAUAUAUGUUUUAUAAACAAAGAAUGGUCUAGGGAGUGUGUAUGUGUGUG